UUGAUAAGGAAUUAAAACACAAUUUAAGUUUCCUAAAGCGUAUCAAUUCGUUUAGUUUAAUUUAGUAUUUCAGUAAGUAUAAGUGAUUUGGUCUGCAAACCCGAUUUAUUGUGGAGGAAAUAUAAAAGCAAUAACAGCAAAUUAGUAAAAAUGAGCAAACUAAAAGUACGCAAUUUGUGUGUAAUACUCGCCUAUAUACUAAGUCAACAGUUAAUCAAAACUACUGUUGAACCAGCCUUCACUUUGGCCCCCGAUUGCGAUAACGAUGAGGGGACUACUUGUAAGUGCUAUGAUGGUUUUGGUUUUGUUUGUACAAUUUUAGACGGACUAGAUUUUAUUAACAUCGGUUUUAAUUCAAACUUACGGAGACUGUUUGUAUUGUGCUCCAUAUACACUGAAAGUAAUAUCAAUUUUCUACUUCAGCACAAAUUUCAGUCAAUUUUACUUAAAACCCGUUCUUUCGAAGUGAAAGAUUGCAAGAAUCUUAAACAUGAAAUCUAUAUGAAUGACAAAGUGCGGGCAAUUCUAAUAAGAAUGCGUGAGCUGAAUAAAGUAAUACUAGUCUAUAACACUGACCUCGCUGCAGAACCAACGGAAUAUAUUCCUCAAACCAAGAAUGUUCUUCAUCUUCAAUUGAUUAUUAAAUCCGAUCGUAAUGAAAUCCAGGAAGCAGAUAUUAUAAGCAUACCAACUGACAUACUUUAUGAGCAGAAUCUACUGGAGUCACUUACACUUAGCGUACAAGGUCUACGAAAUCAGUACUUAUCGCUGCAAAACUUGACGCAAACAUUCUUUAAAAACUUCACUGCGCUUAGACAGCUUGACUUAGCCGGAAAUAAUAUGAGAAUGUUGGACGCCAACAUCUUUGCAGCGCUAACAAAAUUGAAUUGUCUGAAUUUGAGCAGUAAUGACAUCCGGGAAUUGUCCGAAAAUUUGUUUGCAUAUCAACCUCAACUUCUCAUACUGGAUCUGAGUCACAAUUCAUUGACAUAUUUAACGGCACACCUUUUUGAUCACACUCCUUGGCUAUGGCAGUUGAAACUUGGUGGCAAUCAACUAUACGACACCACAAAUCUUAUUGAAAAUCUGAAACCGUUGCAUUAUUUACAUAGGCUAGACGUAAGCCAAAACCAACUGCAAACUAUUUGGAGCACCAAUACUUCCGUCAAUAGAACGCCAAGUUUCCUAACAAAUUUUCGAUACAGUCACAAGCGCAUGAGUUUGGUUUUAGCCAACGGUCUUAAUUAUAUUACCAAGUUGCAACCAGAAAAUUAUAAUGGUAGCGAGAUUAAUUCAACAGUAAUCAAUUUAAGUGGCAAUCGUCUGCGCGAAUUCACUUUGGAUUGGCUUGUAGCAGCGAGCAUUUCAUGCCCUUUUGAAAUAAACCUAGAGCACAAUCUGAUUGAAAACAUUUUUGCUUUACAAAAUUCGACUGUCGAUUGUGCUCCCCAAAUUAAAAUGACUGGUAAUCCGAUCGUGUGCGAUUGUAAAUUUGCUUGGAUUUACAGUGAAAACUAUCGUUCGCUGUUCAAUGGUUUGCAGUGCGUUCAGACGUCAACCAAACCAUUAAAAGAUCUCGCGCAGUUGGAACGUAAAGAACUGUGUGCUUGGGAACCAGUAAUGUGCCCCAGCGAAUGCAAUUGUUACACACAAUUUGAAUUUCUGCACAUCAAUUGCAAGGGUGCGCAACACAUCGAACAGCUCCCUCGCCCCGAGCAAGUUGGGCUCAAGAGUUCGGUACUCGAUAUUAGCAAUAACAAUUUCAUUGUAUUGCCGUUAAACAUCACCUUCGGCUAUGGUAACGUUUCACAACUCAACGCGUCGUACAAUAAAAUCACGAGCAUAAAUAUCAGUCAACUGCCAACCAACUUGACGGUUUUGGAUCUACGAAAUAAUCGCUUAAAUUCCUUAAAUGAUGAAUUUUUGCGGACAUACCUCAAUGAGAGCACAAAACUACAAUUUCUCUAUCUAAAUGAAAAUCCUUGGUUUUGCAACUGUUCCACGCUGCAACUGCUGUACACCAUACGAACACAUCGGACACGCAUACCCGAUGCCGAACAGUUACUCUGUGUUAAUAAGCCGAACGAUACACUCCUAAUGGCAAAUGUGAGAGAAUUGCGUCCAACUCCUGUUAAUGUUGAAUAUUAUCAAAAUAUGAAUGCAACAGUGAUUAGUGUAGGGUUAACCAUUAUUGUUUUACUUUGCAUUAUCGCACUCUUUUAUAAAUAUAAAUUAGAAGUGGAAGUCUGGUUAUAUAGUCACAACAUAUUGAGAUUUUGCAUUAGUGAAUGUGAGUUGGAUAAGCAUAAAACAUUCGAUGCGUUUAUUUCAUAUGCUCACCAGGAAGCAGACUUCGUCAACCAUACAUUGCUGCCGCGACUCGAACAGUGCGAACCACCAUUUCGUGUGUGCACGCACGAACGCAAUUGGCUGGCUGGCGCUUAUAUACCCGAACAAAUCAUCGAAUCGGUGGAACAGUCGCGUCGGACGAUCAUUGUGCUCUCGCAGCACUUCAUCGAGUCGGAUUGGGCGCGCAUGGAGUUUCGCACAGCGCAUCAGUGCUCGUUGAACGAGGGUCGUGCGCGCAUAAUAAUUAUUAAAUAUGGAGAAAUCUCAAAAAGUGAGUUAUUGGACAGAGAGCUAAAGGCAUAUUUGGAUAUGAAUACAUAUCUGGAUUGGCAAGACGUCCGAUUUUGGGACAAAUUACGCUACGCCAUGCCACAUAAAGUGGGUGUAGAGAGGAAUACCGAUAUGCUAAAGAUUAACGGCAGAAUGUAUGUUAUGGCACAAGUUGAGAUGAAUCGUUUGGGUGACGACAUUGUUUAA